AUGUUGGACUCUGCAAUAGAGAUGUAUAACCUAGAAGAUGAUAAUUCUAAAAAGGGUAGACUUGUUCUAAGUGAUGGUAGAUCAUUUUGUGGCAUGCUAUUUGGUUACAUUGGCGAAACUUAUGGGAGCGUCGUAUUUACCACGAUCGUUGUUGGAUACGUUGAAUCUCUUUCAGAUCCAAGUUAUUUGGGUCAAAUAAUCGCACUAACCACUCCACUUGUUGGUAAUUAUGGUGUCCCUUCCAAUGAAAAGGAUGAAUUUGGAUUGGAACGAUACUAUGAGAGCUCUAAGAUAUAUGCCAGUGGUUUGGUUGUCGCUGAUUACAGCACUAAUUAUUCGAAUAGUACAGCCAUAAAGAGUUUGGAUCAGUGGCUCAAGGAACAUUGCGUUACUGGCAUUACGGGAAUUGAUACCCGUGCGCUAACAAAACAUUUGCGCGUUCAUGGUACUAUGCAAGGUAUGAUCGUGCUUGAAAGGGAUUAUAAUACACAAAAGGCACUUAAUUUUUUUAACACUAAUCCAAUGGAUGAUCUUAUAACGCCAGAAAAAAUUAAGAAGCAAUAUUUAUUAUACUAUAGCACAAAAAAGGUAAACAACAAAUAUGUAACAACGUGUGACACCUUAAAACGUUUGGAUGGUAUUUACGAUAUUAAUACGUUAUUAAGUAAUAAAAUAACGAGUUUCACUGGCAAUCCCUGGAAUUGUAAUUAUUUGGAUCAUAAUGAUUCGGAGAAAUAUAUAUUCCCAAUCUCCAACGAAUCUAGGAAGUUUUUGGUCAUUAUAUUAGAUUGUGGCGCCAAAAAUAACAUUAUUAGGAGUGCAAUCAGGUUUGGUUUGGACAAUGUUAAUAUUCUGGUAGUCCCUUAUGACUUCGACUACAAUAAGUUAGACUACGACGGUUUGAUACUAAGUAAUGGCCCUGGUGAACCCAAUAUGUGGACUCAGCCCAUCGAAAGUGUCAAGGUCUCUAUGCAAAGGGGCAAGCCUAUUUUUGGCAUCUGCUUAGGUAACCAGAUUCUUGCUCUUGCGUCGGGGGCCAAUGUAUAUAAAAUGCAUUAUGGCAAUCGCGGUUUCAACCAUCCAUGCUUGGAUCUACGUACAUUUCGUUGCUACUCAACAUCACAAAAUCAUGGUUAUUCCGUAGAUUUGAAGAGUUUGACGCCAGAAUGGGCGCCAUUAUUUGUAAAUGCUAAUGAUGGUACUGUUGAGGGUAUUAUUCACAGGAUGAAUCACUGGUUUUCUGUACAAUUUCAUCCAGAAGCAUGUGGAGGCCCAAAUGACACAAUGUUCUUAUUCUACGACUUUUUUUGUUUAGUGAAAACGAACAAUUUUAUUCCACUUCACAUCACUCCUGUAAGCUUUCCAAUUAAUUGCCGCAAAGUAUUACUUCUCGGAAGUGGAGGUCUUAUAAUUGGCCAAGCUGGUGAAUUUGAUUACUCAGGUUCACAAGCAAUCAAGGCACUAAAGGAAACAGGUGCAACUGUAAUACUUAUUAAUCCAAACAUAGCAACAGUUCAAACUUCUAAGGGUAUGGCCCAUAACAUUUACUUUCUUCCUGUUACCCCAGAUUAUGUCAAAAAAGUAAUAAUACAAGAGAAACCUGAUGGAAUUUUGUGUGGUUUUGGAGGUCAAACAGCUUUAAAUGUUGCGACACAAUUGUAUGAGGAAGGGUUUUUUGAGGAACAUAAUUGCCAAAUCCUGGGUACAUCCAUCCAAUCUAUUAUUAAAACUGAAGAUCGUGAAUUAUUUGAAAAGGAAAUAACAUCAUUAGGUCUCAAAUGUGCACUGUCAAAAAUUUGCACCAAAAAUACUGCCAUUGCAGUUGCAAAUGAAAUCGGUUAUCCUGUUUUGGUUAGGGGAAGUUUUGAAUUGGGAGGUCUUGGCUCUGGCAUUGCUAGAAAUGAUAAUGAACUUCUUAAGCUAUGCACAAGUGGUACAAUUUAUUUGGACAAGUAUCUUGAAGGUUAUAAAGAAAUUGAAUAUGAAAUUGUUCGCGAUGAAAAAAACAAUUGCAUUGCCGUAUGUAAUAUGGAAAAUUUUGAUCCCCUUGGCAUACAUACAGGCGAUUCAAUCGUUGUAGCGCCUUCACAAACCCUAUCUAAUCAUGAAUACUAUUCAUUACGCGAUGCCUCAUUUAAAAUAGCUAGGCAUUUUAAAAUUGUAGGAGAAUGUAACGUCCAGUUUGCCGUUAACCCUAAUACCUUCAACUUCUACGUUGUGGAAGUAAAUGCCCGUUUGUCACGAAGCUCCACGCUUGCCAGCAAAGCAACUGGUUAUCCCAUUGCUUAUGUAGCAGCAAAAGUGGCUAUGGGUCAUGAUCUCGUACAGUUGAGAAACAAGGUAACAUGCGUUACAACAGCCUGCUUCGAGCCUUCGCUUGAUUAUGUGAUUGUCAAGAUACCUAAAUGGGAUUUAGAGAAAUUCGAAUUUGUGAGUAAUAACUUGGGUACUUGUAUGAAGAGUGUGGGUGAAGUUAUGGCGCUUGGCAGGACAUUUGAGGAAUCAAUACAAAAGGCUAUACGAAUGUCAUUUGACCGAAGCAACGGGUUUGAAUCAUCAGACGCUGUUACCCAUUAUACAUUACCCAAAUCAGUGGAUGAUGUAAGAGAUUUACUGCGUAAUCCUACUCCAUAUCGCAUAUUUGCUUUGGCUAAAGCAUUUGCCCUAAACAUUACAAUUGAAGAGAUUCACCAAUUAACAGGAAUCGACAAGUGGUUCCUUUAUAAGUUGGAAAAUAUCCACAAUAUAUCACAAAUGAUUGCAAAGCAUUCAAUAAAGACCCUUGACCAACAUAAAUUAUUGUAUGCCAAAAAGAUGGGGUUUAGUGAUUUGCAAAUAUCAAAGCUCUUAACCCCUAACGUGACAGAAUGUGACAUUGCUAACUUGAGAUAUAAACACAAAAUAUUACCAAAAAUACGACAGAUAGAUACUCUAUCCGCUGAGAUGCCAUGUCAAUCAUCCUAUUUUUACUAUACAUACAAUGCUAUUGACAAUGAUGCACCACCAUUGGCCAAUGAUAAGGCCAAGACGUUUGUGGUGGUUGGAUGUGGCCCUUAUCGUAUUGGUUCCUCUAUCGAAUUUGACUGGUCGGCAGUGCAGUGUAUAAACUCAAUACGUAGUAAUGGCCAUCAAGCCAUCGUAGUAAAUUGCAAUCCAGAAACGGUUUCCACUGAUUCUGAUGUUAGUGAUCGUCUUUACUUUGAAGAAUUGACAAUAGAGAGCAUCACUGACAUAUUUAAUUAUGAAAAACCAGAUGGAGUGAUAGUUUCUUUUGGAGGUCAAACGGCUAAUAACUUGGCAUUUAACUUAAAAAUGCGGGGUAUACACAUUUUAGGAACCAGCGUAGAGUCGAUUGAUAUGUGCGAGAAUAGGAAUAAAUUCUCACAAUUAUGUGACACUUUGGGUAUAGAUCAGCCAAGUUGGGAAGAAUUUUCUUCUUUUGACCAUGCUCUUGCCUUUUCUAGAAGGGUCGGAUUUCCAGUACUUGUUAGACCUUCAUACGUGUUGUCUGGCGCUGCAAUGAGGAUUGUAAAUUCGGAUAAUGAGCUUGAAAGAUUCAUAACCACCGCCACAAUAUUAAGCCGUGAAUACCCUGUCGUUAUAUCCAAGUUCAUAUCCAAUGCUAAGGAGGUGGAGAUGGAUUGCGUGGCUGUUGAAGGUCGCAUUUUGAAUUAUGCUAUAAGUGAACAUGUGGAAAAGGCAGGGACUCACUCUGGCGAUGCAACUCUCAUUCUACCCGCCCAAAAUUUAUUCGUAGAAACUCACAGGCGCGUUAAAAAGAUCGCCCAAAGGUUGUCAAAAGCUCUUAAUAUUUAUGGUCCCUUCAACAUCCAAUUCUUGUGUAAAGCAAAUGAGAUCAAAAUCAUAGAAUGCAAUCUCAGGUCAUCACGUACAAUGCCUUUUAUUUCUAAAACUCUAGACAUAAAUUUUGUGGAUCAAGCCACGAGGGUUAUGAUAGGUGCUCCAUAUAGAGUACAAAAUAUACAGUUGAUGGAAUUAGAUUAUGUGGCUGUAAAGGUUCCAGUAUUUUCUUUCAAGCGACUUUCGCACUGCGAUCCACUUCUGGGCGUUGAAAUGAAGUCCACCGGUGAGGUGGCGUGCUUUGGUACAAAUAAGUAUGAGGCGCUUCUUAAAACAUUCAUAGCCAGUGGCAUGAAAAUACCACAAAAAACUAUUUUAAUCUCAAUUGGAUGCCAUGAUUCGAAGUUUAUUUUGGCACCUAAGUUGGCUAAUUUGCUGAAUCUUGGAUUUAAAAUAUUUGCAACAUACGGCACUUUUCAAUUUAUGGCACACUAUUUACGCUCAUAUAUAUUGUCUGAUGAGUCUGCUCGGCGUAUCAAUUAUGACCACGAGAAAUAUGAGCAGGAUGGGGAUUUUGUAUACAACGAUGGAGAUGCCGUUUGUAUCACCCCUCCUCACACCCCCUUCUGCAAGUCCAUAGACCCCUCCUCACAUGUGUCUUGUGCCACAAAUGAUACCGUUAUCAAAUACUCAAAGGGGGAGCUAGCAUUGAUUUAUAAGACAAGUUCAAAUCAAUUGCCUUCUAUAACUAGCGUUAUAACCGGUGGCGAUGUGGAAUUGACUGUGAAUAUCACAACCAGAGUCAAUAGCGAUCCAUUAUCGGAAGGUUAUAAGAUUAGGAGAUACUCUAUAGAUAAUGGGGUAUCGCUGGUUACCAACGUGAAGCUGGCAUCACUAUUGUUCGAUUCGCUGAUUCGGGAGAAAAGGUUGAACGAACACAAUAAGACGAUGAUGAAUGCUACUAGAUAUGACAAGUAUCAUUAA